GCGUGUCUGUUGUAUCUGUAGUCCCGCCUCGUUUCCUCUCGCAGUAGAUUACACUGAAUUAACAGCUCUGUGUGUGUAACUCACUCUCUGACGCUCAGAUUUGAAGAAAACGCAGAAAAUAUGGAAUAUGACGGUUUUUGAAGCAAAACAGGUGCGUUCCAUUCGACCGUAAGUGGACUGCGAAGUGGACUUCACAGGGUAUUUCGCCAUCUUAAGUGAGAUUCCAUUCCGAAGGGAGCGAACAUGUUCAGUUCGAAGGGCACUGUGAACGGCAUAGGGAAUAAGGGAAGAUCGAUACAUCACUUCACAGGAAGUAGAGAGAUGACUGACAGGACAUGGCGUUACUCUGUCGUCAUGACGAUGGUCUCUUUAGCCUGGCUCCUCCCUGUCAUCGCUACUGCCACGCCCUUCCCCAGGGAUCUGCAGCCAAUCAGUGUGGUGGGACUGGAAGACUCACUCCUGUAUCCCAGUUUCCAGGGUCUGAUGUCACACAAUAACUCGGAGCGUCUCGGUCUGGACUAUCAGCGGAUGAUCAGGAUCCAGCAUAUGCUGUACAUCGCUGCCAGAGAUCAUGUGUUUGUUGUGAAUCUCACUGCGUCAGUGGAUAGAAUCAUCCCACAGCAGAUUCUGACGUGGAGAUCUACAGACGUGUCGAUGUGUGCCUUGCGAGGAAGAAACAGCGAUGAAUGUUAUAAUUACAUCAAAGUUCUUGUGCCUCAUAACGACGAGACUCUGUUUGCGUGUGGAACCAACGCUCUGAACCCCGCCUGCCGAAACUACAGAUUGAGUUCGCUGGAGCAGGUCGGUCAGGAGCUGUCGGGUCAGGCCCGAUGUCCAUUUGAGUCUCGCCAGUCCAACGUAGGAGUGUUUGCAGGCGGUCAUUUCUAUUCUGCCACAGUGGCGGACUUCCAGGCGAGUGACGCAGUGAUCUACAGGAGUUUAGGAGAAGAGGGGCGGCCCUUCCUGCGUACGGUCAGAUAUGACUCCAAAUGGCUGAGAGAACCUCACUUCCUGCAUGCUGUAGAAUACGGCAACUAUGUGUAUUUCUUCUUCAGUGAGAUCGCAGUGGAGCACACCGCCGCUGGGAAGGUGGUGUAUUCACGAGUGGCUCGCGUGUGUAAGAACGACGACGGCGGCUCCAGGCGUGUGCUGCAUCGACACUGGACAUCGUUUCUGAAGGCACGGCUGAUCUGCUCAGUUCCUGGAGACACGUUCUUCUACUUCGACGUGCUGCAGUCCGUCACCAACGUGCUUCUGAUCAACCAGCGGCCCACUGUGGUCGGAGUCUUCACCACACAGACCAACAGCAUUCCCGGUUCAGCCGUCUGUGGGUUUUAUCUGGAUGACAUCGAGCAGGUUUUUAAUGGGAAGUUUAAAGAGCAGAAGAACAGCGAUUCGAUGUGGACGUCAGUGCCUGAGGAACACGUGCCCAAACCACGUCCAGGUUCGUGUGCAGGUGAAGGUUCGGCGUCCUCGUUCUCGUCCUCUGUUCACUUCCCAGACUCUGUGCUGACAUUCAUUAAGACACACCCACUGAUGGACGAGUCUGUGCCGUCAGUCAACAGCCAACCACUGAUCACCAACACCACCAGCAGGUAUAAACUGACUCAGAUUGUUGUGGAUACGGCGGCCGGGCCUCAUAAGAACCGCACCGUUGUGUUUCUGGGCUCUGAGGACGGACGGGUUCUGAAGGUUCUGACCAGCAUUCAAGGCAACAGCUCUCAUGGAUCCAGACUACUGGAGGACAUCGAUGUGUUCAACCCCACGCAGUGCAGCGGUGAGCGCAGGGUGUUGGGUCUGGAGCUGGACAAGGAGCAUCACGCUCUCUAUGUGGCGUUUUCCAGCUGCAUCAUCAGAGUUCCUCUCAGCCGCUGCACUCGACACGCCACCUGCAAGAGCCGCUGUCUCUACACACAUGACCCAUACUGCAUCUGGCUGCAGACGGGACGCUGCGCUGACGUGGCUCCAGGAUUUAUGGCAGGUUUUGAGCAGGACAUCGAUGGUGACCAAUCACAUUUAUUUGACACAUGCACUGUAACUGGUGAAGAGACGGGAUAUAAGCACCCCAUGGACCUAGGACAGGGAGAGAGAGACUGAUUCAUGCUGUGGUGUAUUGUGUUUGAAAGAGUGCCCAAAGAUUUUUCUUUGUGUUUAUUUUGGUUAAUAAACUUGGAUUAUUCGCUAA